AUGGGCGCACUAUGCAAGGUUAUUCAAUACACGUCAUUCUUGUUCGUUGUACUCAAUCACUCUCGACCAGGAACAAAGUUAAAAUCAGUGCAAGACUCAAGACGAAGUAUCAUCAAAAGCAAGCAAAUGUCACACCAGUUUUGCCCUCAAAAGACGCUGUCGGAGCUCACUGCCAGCAGAAAACAAAAGCCAUGUGGACCACCUGGACAGGUGAUAGAUGCUCUAGUGUGCAACCUCCUUGAGACUGGUGACUUGGACAAGAUUCGAGGAACAUUAUCUGCAUUAGAGAUAAUUGUUGAGGAGUUGCAUGAUAGCACGAGCCAAAAUUUUCUCAAGGCAUCCAAUGCCUCCAAGGAGGCGAAGGAAGUGAUUCGUGCGGUGGAAGAUAUUUUUUGUUGUGCACUAGUGGGAGACACUAUGGGAUACAGAUCAGAUUUGAGUGUCUUCAUCAUCGGGUCAAUGGCGCCCCCAAAAUGGAGCACUCCUGAACAGGAGGAAUGGUUAGGACCUUGGUAUGACAAGUACCGUGCAAAGCAAGCUGACAAGGUCAAAAAUUGGUCAAACUUUUUCACUGAAUUGUGCGAGAACUGGUUCAUUUCAUACCCGGAGCCAAGACCAGCUGGAUUGCCUCCUGUUGGACCAUUGAGCCAGGAUGAGGUCACCGUCAUGAAGAAGGCUGAAAGUGACCAAAAAGAGAAAUUAAAAAAUCACUUCAAGAAUAGCCUUGGCGUGACGAAAACAGGACAGCAAGCAAAGGCUGAGGCUGCGGAUGUCUUCAAAGCAGUGUUGCGGAGUGUUGCCAAAUGCGAGAAGCCAACGCGCUCCCUUCAGGAAGCAGAGGCGUAUUCGAAACUUUACUAUCAAACGCGUGUAAAGGCAAUGGUAGACGAAGCGCUGAAAGUUGAAGCAGAAUUACUGCAAGUUGAGAACAAGACACUUACAAAUGGAAAGUGUGUCGCCAUUGCAAAGCAACAUACAGCGAGCCUCUACAGUGCAGAGACCGACGAGAUUAAGGCAGAGGUACAGAAGUAUCUUGAGGAUCAGAAGACAGAGAAGGGCGAUGAAGCAAGAAUGUGGAGCCAUGAUGACUAUGGAAGAAAUCUAGAAAAACUUGCUGCUAUCUCUAACAAAUUCCUCAAGGGCCUGGCCGAAGCUACUGGGUUCUCCUUUUCACUGCUGGCCGGUGGACCGUCCCCAGAUUUUCAUGUUGGUCACACGAAGUUUGGGAAUGACUUCAGUAAAGCGUAUCCAGAAUUCGAGAGGGGAAUCAUAGCUCCAUUUAGAGACUACCUGUACCGAGUGUAUCCUGAUCUGGGGAGUUCAACGUCAACGUCGCUGGACAAGUUACGAUCAGUGGAUAUAUCAGUUGACUCUGCCAGCGAGUUGGUCAGAAUGGGAGAAGCUGACAAAUCUGGCCCUGAGACUUCUCACAUGUCUUCGUCCCUUACACAGCCUGACUCAGUUGGACGGAGCUCACUCCCUGGAAACACCACUGGCGAUGAUUGGGGCCUUGACAACAACUUUUGGACCAACCUUGCUGCUCAGGUUGCAAAUUUUGAUAGGUCAGUCUUACCAGAGUCAAACUUACCUUUUUCUUCUUCUCUGACUCUGCAAUAUGUUGCACCUGAAGUUUCACUGCUGCUGCCGCAUGUUCCGCAGUCCAUAACUCCCAUCAUCUCCCUUCAACCAGUCGCUAUAUCUCCACAACUUCCACCACCACCACCACCACCACCACCACCACCGCUCCUGCCCAGCUCUUACCCAGCGAGUCUGAUGCCCCCACCUCCUCCUGUAUCGCAGCAAGCGAGUUUGACACCACUGCCGGUCCUGUCUGCCUCUCAGCCAGCAAGUCUGAUGCCCCCACCACCUCCUGUAUCUCAGCUGGCGAGUCUAAUGCCCCCACCACCUCCUGUAUCUCAGCCGGCGAGUCUGACGCCCCCACCACCACCUAUAUCUACGCCACCUGUAUCUCCUCCCUGCAUGGAGCCUGGUCACCGGUGGACUGGUCGAAAGUCCGUUCCCUCCAAGCGUAAUGUUAUUGCCAAUAGCAUAGGAGAUAAUGCUUCCACUGGUUCUGGGAAGCGUGCAGCACAUGAGCACAGUGCAACAGGUGUGCCUAGUCGCAAAAAGCAGUAA